GACUUGGUCUCAUUUCCCCCCCUACUGAAGCUUUUUCCAAGCAUAAAGCAGCAGCUCACCGACGGCAGAUGCCUUUUUUGCACAAUCCCCUGCAAUAAAAAGAGUCCAGGUCGGCCUUGUUCGGGUGGAGGUUUGAUUUUUGACCUGGAAGACCAGCGGGAACUCGCUGCAGCAUGAAAGAUCCCGCCGCAGCGGGAGGGUUCGGCUCGCACUGAUAAUCCGCGCUGCACUUGACUCCGGACGCACACUUUGACACCGCGGGAGGAAAUAAUAAUAAGAAAAAAACAAAACUCAAACAUGUCGCGUUUUUUUGCUCGUCUCCUCGCUGCGGUUUCUCAACAACACGGGGCUGUCAGAUCGGCGGUGAUACCGCGGAGGAUCCCUCUGUUCACCCGCUGUUUCUCCACAUCUCCAGGCCUCCAGUCUCUCACACGCUACAACAAGACUACAGACUGGCACAAGAAACUGACACCAGAGCAGUAUUUUGUCACAAGAGAGAAAGGAACUGAGGAGCCCUUUAGUGGACUCUACUUGAACCAUUUUGAAGUAGGAAUGUACCAUUGCGUCUGCUGUGAGGUUCCACUCUUCAGUUCGGAGGCUAAGUAUGACUCGGGCACCGGCUGGCCAGCAUUCAAAGAGGCUCAUGGCACAUGGGAGCGCGACGAGAGCCAUGCCUCCAUUGUCCGUCGCCCUGACAACAGCCUGGGUAGUGCAGGGACAGAGAUCCUCUGUAAAAAUUGCGAUGCCCACCUUGGCCACGUGUUUGAGGACGGACCAGACCCAACGGGGCAGCGGUUCUGUAUAAACAGCGCAGCUCUCAAAUUCAAGCCCAGAGAAAACGGUGUAUCUGACGCAGAUGAGCAGAAGUGAUGGGACUUGCUUCAGUUUUGAUCGUGGCGUUUAAUCAAAACAAGUGGAGCUGCCUUGUACGCCGGAAGUGAAUCGGUUGAUAAACAGAGUGCAGAAAAAUCCAAGCGCUAAUGGAAAAAAAAAACAUGUAGUGUGUCCUCCUGGCUAAGCACAUUUUGUUUAUUUUAAACUGUAAUCUGAUUGAAAUAACUUUUGUCUCUACUGUGCAUAUUAAUGUUUUCUUGCCAUAAAAUGUUUCUCAUUUAA